AUGCUAUCAUGUUUGGGGGGGCGUCAAUUAGGGAUAAUGGCUAGCAGCGCGAGAGGAAGCUCAACCAGACUCCCCGAGGACCAGCUGAAGGAGAAGGAGAAGGACGGGAGGAUCAGACGGUUCAUCUGGGAUGUGCUGACGCUGCGAAUUCUGGCCUACGUCUUCGCUCAGCCAGCCUCGUUCACUUUUAUCGUGUCGUUCAUUUUCAUCACCGUCUCUAUGCCGCCAAUGGCCUCCUACAUCAGAAACGCCGACCAGCUUCCAGACUUGGACACCAUGCGGAGCUGGAAUGCGUAUCUUGGUCGACUGCCGAGUAUGGGACUGUGCGUGGGUAAAGCCACCGCGCCCCUCAACGUCCCCUCUUCCUCUCCUCAUGAACAAGUAGCCUCUGCCUGUGUGGAGUUCCAUGUGGACAGCAGUGCUGUGGGGGCUGGGGCUGAGAUAUUUGUAGCACAUCUCACGGGAGAGGACCUCAGGACCAAGAUAAAAGACAGUGUGUCUGGUGAGAGGAUAGACCAUCUGGUGAAUGUGACUCUCUACGUCUCUCUGAGAGAUGGCAGUGGAAACAGCUCCGGCAGCCUCGUUGGUUGCCUGGAUAUCUCAGCCCCGCCCACUGCCACACCCUCCAGGCACCCCCAGAUCCCCAACACUGACUUCACCUUUGGAACAAGAGUUCUCCAGUCUGUGAAUGGGCCAGAGGAGCCAGGCCCCGGGGUAUCGUGUUACCAGUAUCUCCAGACCCAGCUCAGCUCUGAGGGCGAGGACGACACAGUGGUGAUCACUAGAACAAUGACGCUCGGUGAUGGCUGCAGCGAUGUCUUGCCGCAUAGAGAAAAGUACAGGAAACAUGGGCUCAUCAAUAUCUAUCUUACUAAGAAGUGCAAGAUGAGUGGAUACGGAUACGGAUACGGUCGUUUUCUUCUCCGACGGACUGCCGGUCCUCUGAGGGUGCGCAGUUACUCCGUUCCUGCGGAGCGGCCUACUGUCGCCGCGCCGCCACAGCUACAGGGGAGAGACGCGUACUUCUCUCCGCAGUCAUCCGUACUGGCCGGCAAGCCGCUGGGCGAGAUCGUGCGCAGUUGGAUUGUCUUCAAACUGCUCGGCUACGACUGGAUCGUUCGCAACAGUCUCACGUUGUACAAUGUGUCCAAGAGGCUACUGGGAGUGGGUAUGACUCGGGGACUGCUGAAGAUGUCAAUAGGAGGCCAAUUUCUGGGAGGAUUCUCAGAGGACGAGGCCAGAGGUGUGGCCCAGAAGAUUGCAUCCAGGAACAUCUGCUCCAUUUGGAACUUCUCAACUGAACAAGACCUCAGUGAGGAAGGUGCUGAUCUGAGUCAACAGGAGGCCAGAUUCGACCAAGUGACUGAGCGCUACCUCAAGAGCAUUUGUCUGUCAGGAGUUUACAACCACGUGGAAAGCCCCGUCAAGAUGGCAGCAAUCAAACUGACUGCGAUUGUGCAGCCUCACAUACUGCUUAAAUUCAGCCAUAUGCUGGAGACAGUUCAAGGUCCACUGAAGGAGGUGGGUGAGCUUACUGCAGCAAAAGAGAAAAAACAAGUAGAAAUCGCCAAGUUGAUGAGCAGUUUCAAUGUGGAUGAGGACCUGUCAGCAUUAGAGGAGGCUAGCAAGGUGUCUCCUUUGACUGCCACUGAGAGGGAGCAAUUGGCAAGACUCAUUGAGAGGCUGGACAACAUUGGAGAGUGCGCAGUGAGGGAGGGAGUGAGGGUGCUAGUGGAUGCGGAGGAGUCCAGACUCCAGCCUGCAAUACACCACCUCACAGUACACCACAUGAUGCCUCGCUUCAACAUCUCCAAGCCUUUCAUCUACAACACCACCCAAAUGUACCUCAAGAGGUCUCUAGAAGACCUGCUCAUUGAUAUUGCUGCUGCAAAGAUCAAAGGUUUCAGCUAUGGAGCCAAGCUGGUUCGUGGAGCCUACAUGCAAUACGAGAGAGAGAUGUCUGAAGAGACAGGUCAAGAGUACCCCAUUCACCCAUCAAAGGAGGUGACAGACUCCAACUACGACCGAGGUGUCCGGUGUGUCCUGGAGGAAUUAGCUCAGGGUACCCCGGAGUCUGGGGUAGGAGGACUCCUAGUUGCAACUCACAAUAGACAAUCAGUCGAGCGAGCCGUUCAGUCAAUGCAGGAACUAAGGAUUCCCCAUGAUACUGGCUCUGUUUGUUUAGGCCAGCUGUCUGGCAUGGCAGACUACAUUACCUACUCCCUCGCAGAGAGAGGCUACAUUGCACUGAAAAUAUUGGCCUACGGAGACGAGGGAGACGUUAUUCCUUUCCUUGUCCGACGUGCACAAGAGAACAACAAGACUUCACAGACUGCUCAGUUGGAGAGGAAGAUGUAUGGAGAGGAACUCUGUAGGAGGUUGAGAAUCAGUAAAUGA